UGGCAAUAAAUUUACCUUCUUCCUGUCACUUUCUAAUAACAGUUUUUGCUCUGCUUUUUAAGUUAGUAAAUGAAUGUAAAUUGCAGUGUAUUCGUAAACAACUUUUUAGUAGUCAGAGGAAGCAUAAUUUUUUAAAAAGACUAAGAAAAGAUCCAAUUCGUUAUGUAAUCCUAUUAAUUCAACCGAUUGAAUAACUUUGUUUCUUUAAUCGUUUUAUUAGAAUGGAUCAUUUGGCUCAAGAUUUAUCUGUAGCUCUAGAAGAAUCUGAAUCUUGUGGUCCCGCCGCUUACGAAACAGCAAAAAAAUGGGGAUUCAGACGAAGAACACGGUCUACUGGAAAUUUACAUUUACCAGCUUGUAAAGCAGGUGAUUAUCACUCUGACGACAGUUCUAGUAGUACAUCUGAAAUUCGAAUUCAACAGUUAGCAAAAAAUAAAUUAAAUCAAUCAGAUUCAGAUGAACUGUCGCUUAGGUUGGCUGUUACAAAAGCAGUCAAUAAAUCCCAUUCACUAAGAAUGAAGCAUCAGAUAAAUAGUUUCUUGCGAGGACGUUAUAAUAGAUUAGGAUUGCCACUCAGUCAUAGUUUAGAAAGUGAUUCAUUAAAUGAGCAUUCUCCAGCACGCCCCAUGAGACGUAAAAGGAAACUUAAAAGAAUGAACAUUGAUGAAAAUCCUGUACCUCCCUGUGGUAAAAGAAAAAGGCCACAGCGACUGGAUGCUGUUGAAAACUAUCGUUCUCUAAGAAACAGCUUUAAAAUUAAACCUUUACAUCCUAGUAUUACCAAUAAAAUACAACAGUACUAUCAGAAUGAAAUAAAUGAAUGUAAUAUGAUGGAAACUCAAUGUAUCAAUGAUAAUUGUGAUGUUGCAAGCGAGAGCAGCUUAAGUUGGAGUGGUGGAGAAGGGCAUGAGGGAGAUGAUGAACUGACUGAUUGGGCUCCAUCAAUAGACAAUGCUAUUGAUCAAGCAUUUUGGAAUGAUAUUGAUCCCAGAGAAAUUCGUGCAGGAUGCAGAAGACUUCGCGAAGAGAGGCCAAGUUACAGCAUUAGCACAGGAGCAAAUGAAAGGGUUGCUAGGUUUCUUCAAGAUGCCACCAAGUCAGAAUUGCAUUUAUAUGGAGUUGAACGGGAAAAACUGGGCCAACUGGCUGCUCUUUAUUCUCUGGAUAUGUGGUUUGAAGAGCCUGGUUGUUCACUUUUACGUAAAACAAAACGCACACCAUGCAUGCAACCUGCCCAACGAUAUCAUAGCGGAUUCAGUGCCGCAUACAAGAAGAUCAGGACGCAUAACCAUGUCAUAUCGUAAAAAAGGAAUGAAACAAUGUUUUUAUUGUUUAUACCAAAUGAGUGUUCGUAAU